UAACGAUAUUUCAAAUUAAAAAAAAAAAAUGUCAGACUUUCAAACGAAACAAGAUUAUGCCCGUCAGUUACGUUAUGCACGCUCAAAGUUUCGUCGCAUCAACUCUUUGGAUCUAAUACCUGAAAAUCCCAGCCAAGAGGAAUCUGAUGACGAGUAUAUAACUACACCAUCUAUGAGUCGCUCCAACACGGGCAUCAAUAAGGAUUUACUCAAUAAACCAAAUCUGCCCACACAGCCAUUUGGCAAACGUGUACGCGGUAUUUUGCUAUUCUGGCCAAAUCUUUUAGUGAAUCUGAUUGUUUUGAUACUACGUUAUCUUCUGUAUAUACCUCUGUCUAUAGCAGCACCCAGUUUUUGGCUAUCGGCAUUGUUAUGGAUUUUCUGGAAACUUUUAAGAAUACCCGUCGAACUAUGUAAAUGGAUUCUGAGUACAGAUACCGCUACUAAUCAUGAGUUGGGUUCACAGAACGGAGCACACAAGCGCACUGUCCUCAUAAGUUGUGGCAGCACCAUGCAAACCUUACAUUUGGCACGUAAUUUUUAUUCUUCGGGAGCACGUGUAGUUGUUUUCGAAUUUGAUGGAUUAUUUGGGUUAGCUCGUUUUUCGACGGCUGUAGAUAAGUUUUAUGCUGUGCCCAAACCGAAUCCACACCAUGUGGAUAAUUAUGUAUCGGCGCUCUGUCAUAUUGUACGCAUGGAAAAACCCUCUGUCUAUAUACCGGUUUGUGCUACCAGUCCUGCAUAUUACGAUGCCGUAGCUAAGCCUCAUUUGGAAUUAUUGGGUUGUGCUACAUUUAUGACCGGUGUACAGGAGACUUUAAUACUAGAUGAUUGUCUACAAUUCUACCAACGCUGUGCGGCCCAAAAUAUUGAACUACCUCCUUAUGUGGCCUUAUCCUCGGUCCGUGAAUUAUGGGAAUUAUACGAACAGGGCUUCAUACGACAAUUUCGAAACAUUUUGGUGGCCGUAGGCAUGCAAGGCAUUUUGGAACGUUUUAAGUACAUGUUGCCGCGUCAAAGACGUGACUUACGCUUCUCCCAUGAAAUUAGUGAACGUCAACAGUGGUUGGUGGUUAGAGAUGUGCCAGGCGAACAAUAUGUCACUUGCACUACGGUGAAAAAUUCGCAAGUGGUAGCAAAUGUAACUUGCCGCGUAGAACAGGACACAAAAAAUCUUGUACCCGUCACAUCGACUGUGGCUACCACGGCCACUGAUGCCACCUUAAUAGACAACUGGCUCAAAACUUUCUUUGCCAAAGUACGUUUCCAACGUCCUAUCAAUUGUCACAUAAGUUUUCGUUUGAUUAAAUGUUCAACGACCGGACAGUUUCUGCCACUGGGCAUACGUUUGGGCGUUUCUCUGCCCUAUAUUUGCUAUAAUCGUUCACACGCUCAAAUACUUUGUCGCACCAUGAAGUGUGCUCACAUGCGUCCAUUGAGUCUAGUGGGAACUAAUGAAGAAGAAUCGUCUCUGGCAUCUUUAACAGCCCAAUGGUGUUCUCUUGAGGCAACAAGUGCAUCCGCAGCCCUAGAUAAACGAGAAGCGUUAUUUACUUAUUGGGAUCCAUUGCCCUAUUGUGCUUAUUAUCACUUCCAGUUGCCUUUGGAAUCGGUAAAAACAUUCCUACAAAAAAGACACAAAACAAAGGCCAAAUCUCCUCGUCUCACAAUACCACCGGUGCAUUGAAUGAAAACUACUGGCGAACGCUACUACAGUAGCGAAUAAAUAUAUAAAAAGAGAGUCGGCUAGAGUUGAAAAUACCCGAUAAGCAAAGAUGAUCUAAUGAUGGCAAAAAUAUACCUAUAAAAUAUUUUGCUAGAGAGAGAAUACUAUAGACUGAUAUUGUUUUGAUUUUUGUUGUUUAAUAAUUUUUCGAUAUUUGUUUGUUUGUGACUUUCGAAGAUUUAUUUUUAUAAGAAUUAUUAUUUGUAGCAUAAGUUGAAAUUUAUUUUUAAUACAAACAUACAUUAAACUAUGAAUUAAAUUUAAAUAAAUAUUUAAUUUUUACGCAAUAUAAAAAGUACAUUUAUAAUAUGUACAACGAAUAUACAUAAUAUAUACAUAUAUAAUACAUAUUGUAUUUACCCAAUAAAAA